AUGAAACGCGUAGAGCGCAGUUGGAUGUACAAUAGAGUUGAUGGAGGGUUACUUAGGACCGAAUUUGUCAACGGGGUCCAAGAGUUUAUUGAGUUUGCUACACAACAUCAACUACACAAGGACUCCAACCAGAUUAGAUGCCCAUGCCAGAAGUGCAAUAAUAGACGCUUUCUAGAUGUUGAGACAGUUAAAGAGCACUUAUACAGGAGAGGCUUUUGUCAUUCGUACUUUGAGUGGAUUUGUCAUGGGGAAAACAACAUCUCUCAACUACUUGUAGAGCAAUCCAAUCCUUACCAGGAUAUGAUCGUUGAUGCGUUUGGAUCGCUUCAUGAAAAUCUAAAUCACAAUGUAGGAGAUGAAGUUGAAGAAGAACCAAAUGAUGAAGCGAAGAAGUUUUUUGAUUUACUUAAGGCCUCGAAAGAUCCAUUGUAUGAAGGGAGCAAGAUGUCCGUUUUAGAGAUGGUUGCAAGGAUAACAGCUUUGAAAUGUGAAUACAAUUUACCACAUAGGUGUGUUGAUGCGUUCGCUUCCUUAGUGAAUGAGGCUAUUCCAAACAAUAACCUAAUGAGUAGAACUUUUUAUGAUACAAAAAAAGUUCUUAAAGGUUUGCAACUUCCUCAUGAGAAAAUACACACGUGCCCUAAUGGUUGCAUGCUAUUUUGGAAGAACGAUGCACACUUAGAACAAUGCAAAGUGUGUGGUAGUGACCGAUAUAAAAAGACCUCUAGAGGAAAGCUCAUUCCAGUCAAAGUUCUAACAUAUUUCCCAAUCACUCCAAGAUUGCAAAGAUUGUAUGCCACAAAUAAUAUUGCAAAGGAAAUGACUUGGCACCAUACAAAUCCAAGGGCUAGAGGCACCAUGGCACACCCAAGUGAUGGGGAUGCUUGGAAGCAUUUUAAUGAUACUUACCCCGAUUUUGCCUCCGAACCUCGAAAUGUUCGCCUUGGAUUGUGCACGGAUGGGUUUACACCAUAUGGAAAAUUUGGAGGAAAUUAUUCAUGUUGGCCAGUAAUUCUUACUCCAUACAACUUACCUCCAUCAAUGUGCAUGAAAAAACCGUUUAUGUUCCUUUCUUUGAUUGUCCCUGGUCCCAAAAAUCCUAAAGGGAACAUAGACGUGUACAUGCAACCAUUAGUUGAAGAGUUGAAACAAUUAUGGGAAUAUGGUGCAUCGACUUAUGACAUUUCAAAGAAACAGAAUUUUAAUUUACGUGCCGCUCUUAUGUGGACAAUAAGCGAUUUUCCAGCAUAUGGCAUGUUAUCAGGAUGGGCAACUGCAGGGAAAAAAGCGUGUCCUUAUUGCAUGGAUAAGAGUAAGGCAUUUUGGCUUCAAAAUGGAGGUAAAGUGACAUGGUUUGAUUGUCAUUGUCAAUACCUUCCACAAAACCAUCCUUUUCGAAAGAACAAAAAAGCUUUUCGAAAGAAUAUGGUUGAAAAAGAUGACCCUCCUCCAAAUCUUUGUGGGGAGGAUGUAUGGAAAUGCGUGUCAAUGCUACCUAAGACCACUGAUGGUCCCGAGGCCCUUAAGAGGUUGAAAAAGGAGAAAAUGGGGUGGUUCAAGCAAAGUAUAUUUUGGGAACUUCCUUAUUGGAAGGAUUUGUUGAUUCGACACAACUUAGAUGUCAUGCACAUUGAAAAGAAGGAUGAUUAUGAAAAGAAGGUGGCUGAGUACAAAGAAAAAGACAUCAACAAAGAUCCAAAUGAGGUCUACUUGGAGGUGGUAGGUGGAAGGAAGAAAGGGUUGGUCCCUGGAUUAGGAUGUAGUGGUGAUUUGUGGUUCAAAAAGUCUAUUUCCCGCACAAACAAUUCUUCUACUACUGCUUACACACCAUCACUUCUUUCUCAACUUUCAAGUCAAUUAAAACAAUCUCAGAUACAACUUGAACAAUCUCAACAACAAGCCAAUGAGCGGAUGGUUGAACUUGAACGUAAACAAGCUGAGUAUGAGAAGAAGUGUGAACAACUUGAGAAUGAACGUAUAGCAGUAGAGAGGGAGCGCAUUAAAUCUCACCAAGAGAACCAAGAAGAAAUGAGAAAAUUUAUGGAAUAUAUUGAAGUCAUGAAGAGACAAGUUCUAGAGAGUUCGAAAGAGUAA